AUAUAUAUAUAUAUAUAUAUAUUAGUCGCACACGCAAAAUAAACAAUAGCUAUCAUAAUAAUAAAUAAGAGUGGUGUAUAAAUGCUAGCUGCUGCAUGUUGUGACAUGUAACAUUUAUAAAAUUCUUGUAAUUAUGGGGUUUUUAAGGAGGUAGCUAGCUAGGUAAACGAGAUCUACUACAGCAGAUGGAAGAGGAGAAAGGCACAGUUUGUGUAACUGGCGGAACCGGUUAUGUUGCUUCUUGGCUGGUUAUGAGACUUCUUCAACGUGGUUACUCUGUAAGAGCCACUGUUAGAUCCGACCAAGAAAAGAAGAGAGACCUCAGUUAUAUAACAAACCUGCCAGGAGCUGCGAAAAGGCUAAAAAUUUACAACGCAGAACUGAACAAGCCAGAGAGUUUUAAAGAGGCAAUUGAAGGCUGUGUAGGUGUGUUCCACGUGGCUCAUCCGAUGGAUGUUGAAGGGAAAGAAGCAGAAGAAACUGUGACGAACAUAGCAGUUGAAGGAUUGUUGGGCAUACUGAGUGCAAGCUUGAAUUCAAAGACAGUGAAAAGAGUUGUUUAUACUUCAACCGCAGCAACAAUAAUGUACAAUGACAAAGGUCUAAGCGUAACAGAUGAAAAUACAUGGAGUGACCUUGACAUUUGUAGAAGAAAGAAGCAGUCUAUAAGUUCUUCGUAUUUGGUUUCCAAAACAGUAACUGAAAAGACGGCCCUGGAUUUCGCAACAAAACAUGGGUUGGAUCUUGUCACGGUUGUCCUUCCCUUGGUUGUUGGACCCUUCAUUUGUCCUUAUAUCCCCGGUUCUGUCUACUUCGCUCUCGCUGUUAUCUUUGGGAAUGCAGAGCUGUAUAAAGAUGUUAAUAAUUUCUAUAUGGUGCACAUUGAUGAUGCGGUUGGUGCACAUAUAUUCCUCCUUGAAAAUCCUAAUGCAAAAGGGAGAUACAUUUGUUCUUCCAUUCAAAUGACCACUCACGCAACGGUCCAAUUUCUUGCUUCGAAAUACCGUCAAUUUCAUAUACCCGCCAUGGGUGACUUGAAGGAAAUAGAGGAAUCUAGCAUAUCCAAGCUCUCAUCAAUGAAACUCUUGGACUUGGGUUUCAAGUAUGGGUUUGGCAUUGAAGAGAUGUUUGAUGGAGCUAUUCAGUGCUGCAAAGAUAAAGGGUUUCUUAGUUAGUUGAUGAUUCAAACAACAAGUCAAAAUUUGUAUAACAAAUUCUUUUUUUUUUUUAACAAAAUAACAAUUCUUUUUUUUUUUAAUAUCUUUUGUUGUAUAACCAAUCCACACAAAGUAUUACAUGCUUUGUGCUCCUGUAUUGUAAAGUAUACAACACUCAUUUUGAAGAUUUUUUAGAUAGAUUCAAUUUACCGUAUUAUUUUAUAGAUAAUAGUAACAUGUCGUAUUUAUAUUA